UCUCUCGCCCACACCCUCCGUAUCUCCCUCCUUUGUACUCUCGGUUUGUUUAUCGAAAAUUUUCUGUGAGAAGUGCGCCACGUUGGCGUCCAAGAACGGCGAGAACGGAUGAUCGAAUCGUUGCACGAGCGGAUGUACCGUACCGUAACCACCAGCAGACAUGUCUGACGACGAGGAACAAUACUCGGGUAGAGCGUCCCAAAAGGAGUCUGGGGAGAAUAUCGAGUUUAUGAAGAGGCAGGAACAAAAGAGAAGCGACCUAGACGAACAGCUCAAGGAAUACAUCGCAGAAUGGCGGAAGCAAAGAGCCAAAGAGGAGGAAGAACUAAAGAGAUUGAAGGAGAAGCAAGCGAAGCGCAAGAUCACUCGCGCGGACGAGGAGAAGAGAUUGGCGCAGAAAAAGAAAGAGGAGGAAGAACGUCGCCAACGUGAAAUCGAGGAGAAGAAGCAACGUGAUAUGGAGGAAAAGAGAAAGCGUCUGGAAGAAUCAGAAAAGAAGCGCCAGGCUAUGAUGCAAGCGAUGAAAGAUCAAGCAAGCAAGAAGGGACCCAACUUUACCAUCACCAGGAAAGAUCUAGCAGGUAACCUAACGUCGGCGCAACUGGAGCGCAACAAGACGAAAGAACAGCUUGAGGAAGAGAAGAAAAUCUCGCUGAGCAUUCGCAUCAAACCCCUGGAAAUCGAUGGCCUGUCCAUUGAGAAGCUCCGGUCCAAGGCUAACGAACUCUGGGAUACCAUAGUGAAGCUGGAAACUGAGAAGUAUGAUCUUGAAGAACGACAGAAACGCCAGGACUAUGACCUUAAAGAAUUAAAGGAACGUCAGAAGCAGCAACUGAGGCACAAAGCUUUGAAGAAAGGUCUUGAUCCUGAAGCCCUCACUGGCAAGUACCCUCCCAAGAUCCAAGUCGCCUCCAAAUACGAACGUCGAGUGGAUACCAGGUCUUAUGACGAUAAGAAGAAACUCUUCGAGGGUGGUCUGACCGAACAGCAGAAGGAGAUCAUAGAGAAGCAAUGGACCCAACAGAAGGAGCAAUUCCUCGGUCGCCAGAAGACGAAGUUACCGAAGUGGUUCGGCGAGAGGCCAGGCAAGAAACCGGGAGACCCCGAGUCCCCAGAGGGCGAAGAAGACGUGAAGGCUGCGGCUGAAGACGAAGAGCUAGAAGAGCCACAAUUCGAAGAGGAAGAAGAAGAAGAGGAGGAGGAGGAGGAGGAGGAAGAAGAAGAGGGCGAUAAGAAAGAAGGAGAGGGCGAAGGCGAAGAAGAGGAGGAGGAAGAGGAAGAGGAGGAAGAGGAGGAAGAAGAAGAGGAGGAAGAAGAGGAGGAGGAGGAAGAAGAAUAGAUAAUUCUUCUAAAAGAUCGGCACCUAACCAUAAAUUCAAUCGAUCAUCGAGCAAUGUCGAAACAUCCUACGUACCAUCGAAUAAUAUAGUCGUGGCGGCAGUAGAGACAACAAUGGCGAAACAUUUUUCCAGAAUCUCGUCGUUAUAGGCGACUUUUUGCUUCGAGCCUUCAUGCGACACCGGUGUAAUCGCGGGGAGACAGUAAAGGAAGACAUGUCUGCACCGUUAUAUUCUCCCGCGCAGAACUAACCUAUAACGGCGGGAGUUCCGGC